AUGAAGCAACAACAAGUGAGUGAGAGAUUGUUCAAGGCAAUAGCUAGAUCGUUGGGGUUGGAAGAUAAUUGCUUUCUAGAGAUGUGUGGGGAAAAUGCUACGUUGGAGACAAGAUUCAACAUGUAUCCUCCAUGUCCGAGGGUGGACAAUGUUCUUGGGUUUAAACCGCACGCUGAUGAAUCGUCACUUUUCUCUUACCUGACAAAAAUGCCGAAGGGCUUCAGUUCCUCAAAGAUGGGAACUGGUAUAAAGCUACAACCCUCCCCAAUACGAUUAUGA